GAAGUUGAAAGUGCUCCAUUGGUCAGAUGGAACGAUACCUAUCCACAGCCAGGCUUGUAUCACUUGACCGUGACACUGAUGUAUCAGCAACUACGUUCCAAACUAACGAUGACGUCACUAAUAUGGAUUUCUCGACCUCUGCAGAGCUUACGUAUUGAAGGGCCAACCGUAGUCCCUGUUUACAGUACUGGAGUUAACACUGUGAUAUGGAGAGCAGCUGUAACCCCAAGUCCAAAUGAUGAUGUAGUGUUUUUGUGGAACUAUGGAAGAAGCAGCUGGUGGACUGCAGGAUCAGUUGUGGUACCAGGACUAUCUAGUCCAGGUAAUAACAUGCUUUCUCUAAAAGCAUCAAACGGUAUCGUUAUGUUACAAGUAGCCACAUCUGUUAAUGCGGUGUUUGCAAUGACUAAUCUCAGUAUUUCUUCAAAACCAACAGUUCUAGGCAGAUAUUCACUUUUUGAAAUUCAGGUGUGUGGAAGUCCCAGUUUUGAUAUUGUUAUUGAGUUUGGUGAUGGAAUUAACCAUCAGUCGUUUCCAUCUACAUACUCUAAUAACAUGAAGCCAACUGAUAAUAGAACCCCUCCAGUGAUUAGCUUUACUAAGGAAUAUAAAUAUAGAUCUGUUGGUCACCAUCAUGUCAUUGUUAAUGUAUCUAAUGAGGUAAGCUGGAUCACACGAUCCACCUGGGCUGUGGUGGAAGAACCAAUCAGUGGAAUAACAAUGACACUUCUUAACAAACCAUUGGCUGCAGUACUUGAAGAUGUUGUUGUCAUGGUUACAGUGACUUCAGGAACUGAUUUGAAAUUUAGUUGGGAUUUUGGAGAUAACUCAGAUUAUAUCAUAUUGAACAGUAAUGUAUCUUCAAGCACUGCCUGUCAUUCCUAUGGAACAUCUGGUACCUACAACAUUACAGUCAACAUCAUUAAUGAUUUGUAUGAGCAGCCAAUAAUUGUGUAUCUUGAAAAACCCAUUCAGGUAGUAGAGCCAAUUACACAAAUCUAUUUGAAAUCCAGUUCAUGUGUAGUUUCACUUAAAAAAAGUCAGCAAAAAUACAGAGAUCAUGGUUCUUCAUCUGAGACAAGAUGGACCUCUGAACCUGUUCAGUUUGAAGCCCACACAAAGAUGGGUUCUGAUGUUGUGUUCCACUUUGAUUUUGGAGAUGGCAGCUACAGUAAAGUACUUGGAAUACCAUGGAUUAUGGGGCAUGGUGGAAAAACUGGAAAAACAGAACAUAUUUAUAGAUCAGAGGGUGUUUUCUUGGUGACUGUUCGAGCUUCUAAUCUACUGGGAACUGUCAACAAAACAAUGGAGAUUCUAGUAAAAAAUGAUUUGAAGAAUUUGACGUUAGUAACUCCUACUUGUGCUGCUAAGGGUGAAGUGGUAACAAUGAGAGCAUCUGUAACAGUAAGCCCUAAUGAAAAUGUGAUUUAUGAUUGGAAGAUUGGAGAAAAAGAGGUACUUGAUGCCGGCCCUGUAGUACAAUACAUUUUCCCUAUGACUGGUGAGUACAGUGUGAGAGUCUCUCUUCGAAAUCAUCUACCCAACACAGAUAGUUGUGGCACAUUUGAAAAAUCUUCAGAAGCUACUAAAAAAAUCUUUGUUCUGGACAUAUUGCAAGAUGUGGAGCUUUGUGUUAGAGAUGUGAAGGGUGCAUUAGUUUGUGAAGGAGAAGUAAACAUUCCUGCAAAAGAGAAAGUGAUGCUGAAAGCCACAGUAGUACCUAAUAAUAAAUAUACUCAUUUUCUGUGGCAUUUUGGAGAUUCUGAUUUAAGUUUAAGAACAGAAACAUCAGUGUUUAACCACACAUAUGAGAAUGUUGGCAGCUAUGCAGUGACCGUAUUAGCUAAAAACCACAUAAGCAAUGCCUCAUCAUCAACUAUAAAGAUCCAUGUGUUGAAUAAAGUUCAGAACCUAAGAAUCAAAUCAAGCAAUAAAAUACUUGUUGGUCAAGAGAUAGAAUUUUUAGCUUUAUUUUGGUUUGGUUCUGAUUUGACAUUUGAAUGGUCAUUUGGGGAUGAAACUGCAGCUGUCACAACACGUAGCACAUCUGUAAACCAUACGUAUGCAAGUGUUGGUGAAUACCAGGUGAAGUUGAAAGCAUGGAAUAGCAUCAGCCAAGAAAACACUUCAGAAAACAUUUUCGUUCUGAAAGAUGAAUGUGAAAUUACACUCCGUCAAAUUGUGGACCAGAGUCAGUUUCUGUUGACCGAAGACAUCAUUGUGGAAAUAGAAAUUGAUGUGUUUUGUCAAAUCCAUACUUCUAUUUUGUAUGAUUGGUCCAUACUUCAGAUUAGAGGAAACAGCAGUUUUCCAUAUGGUAUUAGUAAAACUCAGCGUCUUCAUGAGAGAACUCUGUAUCUUUUACCAGGAACUUUGCCAAUUGGAGAAUAUACUGUAACAUUAAAAGUGUCAGUAAAUGGUACAAUACUUUAUUCUAAAGCACAAACAUCAGUUAGUAUAAUUAGUGGACCACCAGUUGUACUGUUAAGAGGUGGAAUAUGGCGUCAAGUUAAUAAACAUAAUGAUGUAGUGAAUAUCGACAGUUCCAUGAAUAAUGUAUUGGAAGAUAAAAAGAAUAUAAGCUACAAGUGGACUUGUACAGCCUUGAACCCUCAACAAACAGUGUGUUUUAAAGAUGAUGAACCUGAUUUUACAAGAACCAACAGUUCCAGUGUUUUAUCGUUUCCAACAUCAAGCUUACGAUCUCGUGUGAAUGAUGUUUUCAUUGAGCUGGAUAUAAACACCAGACAGUAUGAAAGCCAAUCUUCACAAGUUAUCUCACUAUCCGAAGAUGCAAAAAUAAGUGUUGGUGUUAUGUGUAAUCAGUGCCAGAAAAAAGAAGUUUCAGUAGACGAGAAAAUUGUGUUCCAGGCCUUUUGUUUUGAUUGUGACAAUGAAGACUUAGAAUAUGAAUGGAAUGUGUUACUAGUUAAGGAUGGAAAACAUAAGCUAGUAUAUAUUGGUGAAUAUUACUGCAGUCUAGCAAAUGGAUCAGCUGUUUAUAUGUUGGCUGAUAAUUCGUCAACUGCACCCUCAGUCAGCAGCUUCCCAUCUAGUAGACCUCCCAGUCUUAUUCAAGAAAUACCUGGAAUCAGUAGAGGUGGAAUUACACGGGAAACUUUAAAACUGUCUGAACAUUUACCAUUAGAGGAUAUCAAACGAGACAGGUUACUUCCCAGGCAACCUAUUGAGAGAGAUAAUUUUGAUCGAAACUUUAACCAUGGUCCCGAGAGAUCAGUUCAAGAAGAGAACUAUCGCACUCCAAUACUGUUUGUUAAUGAAAUUAAGGAAGAUAACUUUGAAGAUCAGAGAAAUAUACGUGACCAAAGUUUGGGUUUUCGAGAAAUGCCUAAUGCUGAGUUUUCAUCGAAUGUUCGUAAUCCACAUCCGUAUUUACUUCAGGAAGGGCAACCAGGAGAAUUCCGACAUCAAAGUUCCCGACAAAUGCCUAAUAUUGGGUUUUCAGCAAAUAAUCGUAAGACCCAUCUCCAUUUACUUCAAGAAGGGCUUCGAGGCGAAGAAGGAAAUGCAUAUUCCCGACAUCAAGGUUCUAGACAAUUGCCAAAUCUCCAUUUACUUCAGGAAGGGCUUUCUGAAGAAGGAAGUGUGUAUUCUCGACGUCAAGGUUCCCGACCAAUGCCUAAUCUCCAUUUACUUCAGGAAGGUCUUCCAGGCGAAGAAGAAAGUGCAUAUCCUCGACAUCAAGGUUCCCGAAAAAUGCCUAAUUUCCAUUUACUUCAGGAAGGGCUUCCAGGUGAAGAAGGAAGUGCAUAUCCCCGACAUCAAUCAAAAAGUAUUCCCAGAUCAGAAUAUGAUGGGAGAAGGAAUAGCAUACGUGAAGGAAUAUCAAAAGGUCGACCUAUGGAUGGAAACUCAGGAUUCACAAGAAAACCCCAACAAAAUACAACUCAGGAAGGUAAUCCUGUUCAAAUUGACAUCAGUCAUCCACAGUUAAAGAAACCCCUGAGCCUUCACCAUCGAGAGAAAAUUGUACUUGAAUCAAAUCACUCCACAACGGGCUUAAGGUCAAAAUACCUUGUGCUAAGACCUGGAGUGUUACAUGUAGGCAGUACCUAUUUGGUUGAAGUCAGCACAAAGAGAAAAGGUUCUGAAAAAUUUGAAGGAAAAGCCAUGGAGUCUGUGACCGUAGGCAUUGGUCCUGUAAAUGGUCGUUGUACCAUAGUGCCACUUAGAGGUGAUGAACUAAGGACGUUUUCCUUACACUGUAUGGAAUGGAAAACCGACCACAAGUUUCUGUUCUAUGAGCUGAGUUACUCUCUAACCCCCAACAGCCAUCGUCAUUUGAUAUAUAAUGGUCUGAGUAAAGAAAUGAAGUUUAUACUCCCAGCUGGCUUACCAUCACAUAAUUUCAACGUAUAUUUGGAUGUUGUCAUCAAGGAUGGUCGAGGAAUAGGAACAAAGGUCUGUUCUACUGAAAGACAAGUUAUUCCUAUUAGAUGGAACCAAAAUGCAACAAGAGAUUCUUACAUUUACAAUACAACAUUUGAUAUUCGCUCUGUCUUCAACAAAUUGGUGGGUGAGAAGAAUGUGCAAGGUUAUUUACAUCAGAUUCAUGUACUGGCUAAUUCUUUGAACAACAAUAUCUUGCCUAAUCCUACGCAUCGUAUUAAAAGAAGUGCUGGUACCAUCAGAAACUUGCGGAUGAAAAUAAGAAACAAAUUUAUUCAACUUGUUGGAAAUUUACACUUCUUUACCAAGGUUGAAAUUAUCCAAGGACUUUCAGCUUUAAGUGCUACAUUGCAUAAUCCAGAAGAGAUCACCACUCAGGGAAUUGAACUGGCUCUAAACAUUACCAAAAGAGCUCAUACAAAAUUCAAUUUAUAUUGUAACAACAGCCAGCUACCAUGCUCUGAUGCAUCCAUUAUGACAGUUUUGGCAGAGUUGAUUCAUGCUGCUUCACACUGUAACAUACACAACAAACUUAAUGAAGAAGAAGUAACACUGAAACAUUUGGUUUCUAGUGCACAGCAUCUUCUUUACCAUAGACUGAAGGAACAUCUUCGGAGCCUAGUGCCUUAUGAAGAACCCUACACUUUUACUUCUCCAAGGUUGUCAACAUUGUGUGGUCAUCUCUGGCUUGAUCAUGUAGAUCCUGUUGUUUUGCACAUUGGACAAACUCAGUUGGCCAUAUCUGCUGUCCUCUUUCAUCAGCUUGUCAAUAGACCGAAGAUACUGCAUUGUACAGCCUUUUUCAUAGAAGACUACAACUUCAGCCCAUUCUUUACUCGGAGAAGUGGAGAAGAGCCAGAAAAAGUUGUCAUUUUGUCAUUAUUCAAGUGUGGUGAAAGCAAGGAACUUGUUUUACCGAACAAAACACAACAAGAGAAUUCACUUUUAACUGUCCAGUUCCCUAAAAUGAAUAAGGAAAAUAAGAAAAAUAUCUCAAGAAAGUUUACAUUGGCCCAAGAGAAAGUCAAUCUUCAUAAAUUGAACAUUACUAAAGAGCUGCUCAAUUAUACAUUACUUAUAUUCCUUGAGUGUACAAAUCGAGGCAGUGAUCAAGCUCCACUUGAAGUUAUUUUCAGUUUGCAUAGGUUUCCAAGUUCCAACAAUUAUAUUUAUCGACAGAAAACUAGUAUUCAAGAUUCUACUUUGAAAAUAUUUGUUCCUGCAGGAUCAUUAACAGAGAUAGGCACGUACUACCUCACAGUGUUGGAGUCACCUAAACCCAUGUCUUUCUGGAGAACUGAGAAACCCAAAUCAAGAACAUACACUCUUGAUCUGUCUUGGCAGCAGUGUGUUCAGUGGGAGAAUGACACACAGUUGUGGUCUUUUAAGACUUGCCAUACAGAAGACUCCCAGAAUAAAAAUGUUGUGAAAUGCAGGUGCUCCUUGAUCACACCUGUUGGAUUUUACCUGUAUGUUCCUACAUCUGUUGUCAUGCAUAUACCGGUUGACGAUCUUUUCGUGAAAAGUCCCCACCCUGCUCCUGUUAUUGUUCUGCUUGUAAUCAUUGUCAUAUUUGUUGUUUUAAUGGUCAUACUUUUGACAGUGUGUAACCCUAGUGUAAAAGGCUCACACUUUUUCAUCCUCAACAAGAAUGACAGCCCUACUAGUCAACAGUAUUUGGUUACAAUAGCCACUGGGUCUUUUUGGGAGGCAGGAACAACUUCACAGGUUUGUUUGGUUCUACAUGGAGAUAAAUGGAUGUCUGAGACAAAGCAGCUUCUCCCAGAAGAACAUGAAAAUUUCAUUCAGCCUCUGUUUCUACGAGGGUCUCUUGUAUCUUUUGUUGUGAGCACAGCCAAACCACUUGGACAGCUCUGGAAGGUUCAGGUGUGGCACAACAACAGUGGUUCCUCUCCAUCUUGGUAUUUGAAAGACAUCACCGUAACUCAUCUAAAUACCAAUGAAACUUUCUACUUCACCUGUGAGCAGUGGCUCUCUGUGGAAGAAGAUGACGGACAGGUGGAAAGAGAAAUUCCUGUUUGUGAACAGUCGCCAAGUUUUUGGGAGAAAUUCUAUCAACAACUUAUGGAAAAUCUUAAUAAUCACCACAUGUGGAAUUCCAUUUUCUAUCAUUCUCCUUGCUCAACCUACACAUCAGUAGAGAGACUAGCCUGCUGUUUGUCCGAAGUCUUGACUGGAGCUUUCCUUACUGCUCUCUGGUAUUAUUACUCAGUUGAUCAGAACUACGAUAUCUUUUUAGUGAAUGACCUUUCUCCAGAGCAAGUUUUUUCUGGUUUUAUAAUUGCUGUUGCUAUGGUAAUACCUCAUCAAUGUGUGGCUGUGUUGUUUCAUCUUGGCCGCCGUCCAUUACGUACAUUUCCUACUUGGUUAAGAGUUUUGUGGACUGGUUUAUCUGAAAACCACAUAAAACUAUGCCACAAGUACAAGCUUCCUGUCCACAGUGAAGGAGAUUCUUCCUCCAGUUCUUAUACCAGUAGCAUUGAAAACAUAGAUAGCUCUCAGUUCUGGAGUAGUGAGGUGGAAACGCAGGAAGAUGAUGAUGAAGAGUCAUACAGUGAUGAUGAGAAUAGUGUCAGAAGUACCAGUUGUGAAUCAAGACAAUCCCUAUCUCCAUUGGAGGAGUCAUUGUCCCAGCUACGUGCCAUUGAAUCUUGGGCUCAGAGUAGACAUAGACAUGGUGAACACACCAAGGGAAAAGCCAGUGUAACAAGUAAACCUGACUCCCUUAUAGAUGUAGUCAACACAAAACGACGAAGUUCACUAUUAGAGCAAUUGAUUGAUGAUACAUCUGCCACUUUGAGGUCACUUCGACUUCGACCUGGAACAAAUAAAAAACAGAAGAGUGAAACACAAGAACCAAUGUAUGACAGUAACAACAGUCUUCACAGUGAUCAAUAUAUCUCGGAGCAAACCUCAAGUGGGUUUGAAGAUUGGCAGCCUGAAAGGGAAAAGGAAACAGCAAGACUUCAAUCAGAAGAAAGUACUUCAGAAAAUAUUAGCAAGUCAUUUAAAAAAAAUACCUUAGUGUACAAGUAUUCACACGUGUCAGUUUUACCAUCCUGGGUACAUUACGUUGGAUGGGAGAUUAUCUUAGUGUCAGUAUUUAGCAGUCUGUAUUAUACACCUGUUUACACAUUAUGGUUAAACCCUCUUCAGGUUUUGUGUUGGCUUCAAACAUAUGUCAUCAGUUUGCUUUGUGCUGCUUUUAUUGUCUAUCCUGUGUGGGUGUGUCUCUUGUCGCUAUUGAAAUCCAUUGUUGAAAUCUUUAAUAGUCACAAAAUAAACCACCACCUAUGUGGCUGUUGUCGCAAUGACUUAAAAAAAAUGCUUGAAAUGAAAGAGAAUGCUGGCACAACAACACCUGAGCAGCAAGCAAAUCCAUUGGUUAAUGAUAAAGAAGUUUGCAAUAGGCAACACCUCCGAUACUUAAGGUACUUGCGCCCACCACCAGAAAGUGCACUCAUUGAGUCCAGGCUGCAAGCUCAAAAAGCCAGAAAGUUCUGUUUUGCCUUCAGGGGUAUACUAGGGUUUGUCACUAUUCUUCUUAUCCUGGUGGUUGUGGCGUAUGGUCGAGAUUUGUCUUCCCAAUUUCACCUGAACAACUCUGUCAAGCGAACCUGUCUAAGAAGUGGACUGUAUCCUCUGCAACAUGUUAAAACUUGGGCAAACUGGUGGGAUUGGAUUCAACAUGACUUCUUGUCUUCUUUUUAUCAAAACGUUUAUAAGCCAGACCCAUCCAGACUAGAUUUUCCCACUGGUAGUGUAUUAGUGGAGCAGCCAAGGCUGCGUUUGUUUCAGGGUCUCAGCCAACCCUAUUCUAAAUCUCUAGGACUUGCACUGAAGUUUGGACAACAGCUUACCUAUUAUGAACAUUCAAGUGAAUGGAAUGUAGUGAACCAUAAUUCCUCCUGGGGUACACGAAAGUUGUGGGGUCAACAUAGUACCUACUGGGGUGGAAGUGACAUUGCCAAUUUAUCACUUGAAAGGAACCAAGCCAGCAUCCAACUUCAACAACUGAGAAAUUCUUCAUGGUUGAAUAGAAACACUCGUGCAGUAUCUGUAGAAUUUCUUUUGUAUAAUCCUGUGUUUUCUCUUUUCACAUCCGUUGUGCUGUUAACAGAAUUUCCACCCAGUGGUGGCGUUACAGUUGUUCCUUUUAUCUCUUCUACUCAACUGCAUAAUUACGUGACUCCGUGGGACCACUGUAUUUUAGCCUGUGAGUUUUUGCUGUUCUUAGUAAUUGGAUGGAGAAUGAAGCAGGAGGUUUGGCAUAUGUUAAAGCAAAGAAAACAGUACUGGUUAGAUCCUUGGAAUGUUACAAAGGUUCUGUUUUUGAUGGUUGGUAUCAUCUAUAUUGUAUGUUAUAUCUACCGAUACGUGCUGGUUAAGGAGGCUAUGUAUGCUCUAAGAAAAGGCUCUGGCCACUCUUUGCCUACUUUUAUUCAGCUAGCAGAGUGGAAUCAGAUUAUACGAGGACUAACAGGACUUUUGAUUUUUAUUCAUCUUAUUGCAAGUAUUUCUCUGCUUGAACUUGACACCACAUUCAAAAAGUCCCUCUUUGCUCUACGAACUGUUUCAAAACAAUUGUUUUUGCUGGGGGGUCUGUAUCUUUUUCUGGCAAUUGGUUACAGCCUUCUUAGCCCUCUGGUGUCAGGUUCUGGUAAAGCUAUUAGAUUUCAUCCAUUACUAGUGUCACUGACUUUGAUGGAAGCUCUUUUGAAUAGAAACAAAAGUGAAGUAACCUUUGACACUCAAACACCUUGGGGUGAGAUCAUCAUGCUUCUUCUUGUCUUUGGUAUAUUGGUCAUCUUCUUUUUCACCUUCUCUUUGAUAAGAGUUAUUCUAAUUGCUGCUAAAAGAACUACAAAAACAUGUGAAGGAGCACAACUGACCAUGUCGGAGGUGCCUCAGCUUUUCAAAAACUUAAUGUGGUCUUUACUUGGUUUCUCAAAAUCAGAAUCUGAAGUUCAGAAGGAAAUUGAACAGCCAUCUGUUCCUACGGAAUUUCUUCUUUUUGAAUUGGAGGGACUUGUUGAUAACCUUUUAGAAAGAGCAAAUAAAUUGUAUUAUGAUCAUGAAGAUUUUCUUGACUUUGCUCUAGAGGAGGAUCAAAUCAUGGAGCCAAAAAAUGAUACCAGUGAAGAGAUGGAGAAGUUAACACAUAGUAAUAUUGAUUGCAGUGAGCCUAAACAUUUCAACUUAGCACAAGGACAGCAGAAAAAAUGGGCUGAUGAUGACAGCAUUUCAUCUUAUGAACCUAUGAGCUCUUCUGCUAGUACAGGCUCCCAGAUAGUAACUGUACACCACCGCCUUCCUCCAAAUAAACAUGGAAAACCACAAAUUAAAGUAUAUCCAGCAGUUCCCAAAGCAGGAAGGAAGUCAAAUCAAUUAACUGUAGAAACAAGAAACAAAUCAGUUCUUUCUCAUCAAGGGUCCAAAAUGUCUUUUGCAAGUCACCAGUCAAGAGUUCGAAAAACAAAAACGUUUCAGUUUCAAGGUUCUACUUCUUCCUUAGACUCGAACUCACUUCAGCAAACAUCAAACAAGGAGGGUUUCAUGGUACGCAAAACAAAAUCACGUGGAAAAGGAAAGAACAAAGACCUUAUUCUGGACUCUGCUUUCCUGGAGAAUUUUAGUCCAAACGAAGCUGAGAAGGAGGAACAAAAACUUUCUAAACAUUGAUUACAAAUUUAAAUAAUUUCAACUUUAAUGCUAUGAAUAACUAAUUUGGUACAAAGAAGUGUUAAGGAAAUUAUACUUGAAGUGACCCAUGUAUUUUGAUUUGAUUCAAUAAUUUGCAAAUACAUGGAAUAGUUUACAAACUAAAACAAAUAGAUAUCAACUCUAAACAUCCACUUUUUGAGAUACAUUUUAAUUUGAGAUGCUUCAUAUUAAAGUAUAAAAAAAAUUAAAUUUUACAUCAGUAGUUUUUAGAAUCGCCAUUUUUCCAAGAUUUGGUGUAAAACACAGGAAACUCAAAUUAUAUCUGCAUUCACCAAAUGCACAAUGUUCCUUUACAUACACAUCUUUUUUAAUAGGUGGGAUUUCCAAGUUAAGUAUUAUAUAUUUGUGGUUUUAGUUUCAAGCCUGAAACUACACUUUGAGUUUGGCAGCUUCAACUAAGAGACCAAAUGAGUCAGACCAAUAGGGUAGAGUGCAAUUUAUAAACUAAGUGAACUGUGCCAAAUAUAUUUUUAUAGCAUUUAAGUGUUCUUUAUUAUAGUGUAAAUCGUGUAUUAGUUUAUGUGAGAUCAUUUUGUAUUGGGUGAAACUUUAACUCCUUUUUUCUACUUUGUUAUAUGAAUAGAUUAGUUGCAAGAUCAUACCAAAGAUAUUUUUGUAGCAUAUCUUAAACAUUUAUUAUAUUUUGUCAAAACAGUAUUGUUGUUUUUUUAAUAAAGUUUUGAUCAAAUCGA